AUGCCGAGUUUUCCGUCCGGUGGUGCAAGCAGCCAUCCAUCGGGGAGGGGACAACGACGGAUUCUUGCACUCCUCAAGCACAGGGGUCAAUAUUUUUGGGACACCUCCUUCAUACCAGUCAGAUCGAACAUGAUCUAGUAGACAAUUCCAGUCGGGGAGUUUUUGGGUUUCCGUGUGUUUCCGAGGGGAACGUGACUGUUGGAUGCCGUGAUUUUCGAAUCAUCCCAUGGUUUUAGUCUAAUAGAUAGAUGAAUCCUUUUCAUUUGCUUUAUGUUCUUGACAAAUUUCAGGUAUUGAGAUCAGUAAGCUGCGUUCAGAGGCUCAAAAUCGUUGGCUUAGACCGGCAGAAGUGUUUUUUAUUCUGAAGAAUUAUGAGGAGUGUUCAAUCACUCUAGAGCCUCCUAACCAGCCACCAAGUAAUCAGCAUAUAUAAAACUUUUGAUAUUUCGGAGAAUAGCUUUCUCUUUAAACGCCUGUGUAAUCGCCUGAUCAUCGCUGGUCUUAACUUCCCAACAGGUGGGUCUCUGUUUCUCUUUAACAAGAGAGUGCUGCGAUUUUUCCGCAAUGAUGGUCAUGCAUGGCGGAGAAAGAAGGAUGGGAGAGCUGUGGGAGAAGCACAUGAGAGGCUGAAGGUCCGUUAGUCAGUUAUCCUUGUGCUUCUUCUUCUUCAUCCUCUUCAUCUUCUUCUUCUUCAAACUGGCAUGAUGAAUGAUCAGAUAAUCUGUAAAAUCCUUCAUUCUUUUGUAGACCGAACUAAUGCUACUUAUGGUUCAUUAAUCAUCGUUGGAAUUUUUCAAUGAUAUAGCAUGCUCAUCUAGCACAGCCUGUUCAGGGACUGGAGAUGAAAGGCUGAUUUCAAGCUUACUGGGUCAUCUAACGUUAUUCUUUUGGCGACUCUACGUCUCAGAUGAAUAUCGACUAUGUAACUUGUCAGGCUAUCGAAUUUUUCUGGGCAAUCUGCCUCACAUAUGAAACCUUUGCAGAGUUUUUGGUAUCUUUUUAAAUGCUUGACGCUUCAUCAUUUGAACCAGGACAAGUCUUCUUAGGCCAUUCCAUAGCUGAUUAAGGAAUUGCAUAAGAUCUUGCAAGGGAUGUGCCAAAGUGAAAGAGAACCGUACAAAGGUUGCUUAAAGUCAAGGAUCGACAAUUUCAUCUUGUUGUAAUGAACCACUUGUCUUCUGGAAGAUUAACUCUGCUAUCUUUUUCUUCAUUAUCAGUCCGUGACAUGUUACUGCAAACAUCAUACUGUUACCUAAAAACUUUGAUAUCUGAUCAGGUGCAAUUUAUAAAAUGACUUGCACACCACUCAGACAUCAAGUGAAGAAAGUGUUCAUAUGGUGUAGUACUCCAAGAGGCUUUGUGAAGUACGAGGUUUUAAUAUUGAUAGAUAGCGACAAUCCAUCUCUGUCUUUACUUUCUCAUGUCUCUGUGAUUACUUCUCUUUUUUUUUUUCAAUGGUAGUGGGUUCUAGCUCUAUUUCUGCCGUUGGUAAAAAGAUGCCAUUAAACGGUCAACUGCCUAUGGCUUAUUGCCAUGCUCGUCUUUCUACUAAUCAUUCUGUUUUUUUCUUGAUGCUGUUUAGGUGGGAAAUGUUGAUAAAUUGAACUGUUAUUAUGCUCAUGGGGAACUAAAUCCUCAUUUUCAGAGGCGUUGCUAUUGGAUUCUGGAUCAGUAAGAUUUUUAUUUGUCAACCUUCAUGUCAUUGCUUUCUAUUACUUUAUAUUCAAAUGUUUGCAUAUAUUAUAUCAUCACUGGGUCCUAUCUGCAUCUUCCGUACUCUCAUUCUAUCAUUAUGCCGUUAUCAGCUGCCAUCCUGUGUCGCAAUCAGCCAUUAUGCUCAUCUAGGAAAUGAUGGUUGCGGUUUCAAUCUAGCAACAGAAUAAGGUGUUGCGUGGUGGGUUGAAGUGCCCAGCCCUCAAUGUAAAAAGAGUUGGAUCAAUUAGAUAUCUCGUAGAGUGUGGUUAGGUUGACUUUCUAAAUUAAGUCAAUGGUCGGAAAAAUUCACUUCAGCAUUCUGAUGUCUGGUGUUCCAAGCUUAUCCAACACAUCUGAUGUAGUUCUAUUUUUUGCAUGAUUGUGUUUGUGUGUGUUUACACUCGUGCAAAUGGCAUCACCAUCGUUGUUAUUCACCAAAGGGUUGUUCUUGUUAUGAUCUCACCGUGUCAUCGAUUAGUUUAGUAUUCGGAUCGUUUUCUAUGAGCAAGUGCAACUGCAUGCAUUUGCUCUUGCUCUUGCACGCAUAUAUAAAUAUAUCUUAUUAUAUCAUCCAUAUCUUAAUGUGAUACUUUGGUUAUUAUGCAAUGCCUUUUUCAUGGAUUAACGGUGAUAAAAUGUGAAAACUGCCUGUUCCUACAACUCUUUCCUGCAGAUUCAUUGUGUGCAUGAGUUUUAUUCCCUUACAAGAUUAAAUCUCGAGUAUCUUCUUCAUUCUUAUGGGAAAUAGACGUUCGCCAUCUAUUUGUCAAAAUUGUGUUUUAUACAUCCAUUUUGCAUUGAAGAGGGUCAGAGUGUUCUCAGCAUACUGUUGAAAUACAGUGUAAAUACUGCGUUAACAGUUGGGGUGAGGUGUAUCAUGUGCUUCACUUAAAGAAGCACGUGAACAUCACAUGUAUGUCUCUGGAUGGAUCCAAAACACAUACCAUUGAAAAUGGUGCUGCUAUUGAUCUAGAUUUAAUUAUGGGGAAGAGAUGAUGUAUUGCAUUGGUGCGCAGCCUUGGGAUCAAAUAUGCGACCCCGUUGGAUGUGAAUAGAGGUCCAUAUUGUGAUCCCCUUUCUUCCAGGCCAAGAAGAAAAAAUGUAAGGGGGACACCAGUGGCCAAGCAAAGUAACGCUAUUCCUAAGGAAUUGGUACACAACAGACGGCCCAAAAUGGACAGAAUUAAAAAAACAAAAUGAAUCUGAGUGUGGAUCAUUCUUUUUGUCUGUGAACCAACGGUUUAAAACCUUGUAUUUUUGGGAGGAUCAUGACAACAGAAGUUUAAUAAGAAAUUGAAGAAUCCAUUUGUCAUAACAGUGAGAACAGUGAUUCUUGCUGAUGAUUCUGUUCCUUUUGAAAAGAGGAUUUCCAGCAGGGGUUAAUCGAUGGGCUGAAAUGGAGUUAUAGUUAUUGUACCUUUUUUUUUUUUGGAGCGGUUGGCAGGGUGGUGGUGGUGGUGGUGGUGGUGGUGGUGGUGAUGGUGGUGAUGGUGGUUGGGUGUUUGGGGGAUAUCAUCUUUUUUCACAUGUGUAGUUCGUAUUCGGCUAGCAAUAUGGGCCCCUUUUUCUGAGAGGCUGUAACCUUUUGUCUUUUUACUUCACUUUUUAAUCCAUCAUCUAAAACAAAAAUCUUGCCUUUCUAGUGUUACUUUGAUAUGUUUUCUAUAAUUUAAUGUGCAUAACUCACUUUCAUCAUUUCUCCUUUAUACAGGGCCUUUGAGCAUAUUGUCCUUGUCCACUAUAGAGAUGUGGCUGAGGUAUGUUACUGCCAUCAUAGCUACUACGUAUUUUGUUGAAAACCUCUCUCUCCGAGUUCAAAUAUACCUUUUCCUAUAAUUUGUCUCCUUUUGAUGCCUGAUGAGUUUGUGAGACAAAUUCUGAAGAUACCUCGCCAAUCAAUUCAGAUUUUCUAUAUAAAUGGCAUGUCAAAUCUGGUCGCAACUAGAUGUCCUGAUUCAUUAAUAAUCAUGGUUUUUAAGACAAGUAAUCAGUGGCUUGCUUCAUUAUCAUUUGACCAGCAAGGCGUGGGCAGCAAUAAAAAAAUUAGUCUUAAAGUAGCAAUUUUAUCUCAAAAAAAUUAAUUGAUUUCAUUUAUGACUAAUUUUUCCUAUAAAUAAAUAAAACCAUUCCUAUUUUUUAGGCAUCAGUGAAGGGCAUUUUCAAUGACAGAUGUAAUUAUCAUGUCUAUCUUUAAAUUAACACCAGGUGAUCCUUUUACUAAGAGAAAUAUUUUUAUGCCUUUAUGGAAGACUUGGAAUAAUAGUGGUUGGAAAUUUCAUAAUCCUAAUUCAUAAAGUGCUUGUAAAUAACACCUUGAUGUCAACCGAACUCGCUUAUGGAAUUGAGCAUAAUAGGUUUUUGAGCUGCAAAAUGUGUUAUAACACGUUGACAUUCAGUAUGUGUAAACUUCACCUCAGUCUCUAUAAUUUUUUUUAGUCAAAUUAUUUGGUUUGAUAGCCAAAAAUACAGUGACUGUUCUACUUCUGGCGUAAUCCCCAUUAUGUCCCUGCCUGUCAGUACUUUUUUGCAUAUUUUGCCAUUAUAAAUGUACCACAAGAAAUUAAAUCUGUAAUUUCAUUGUAUAAUUUAAUAGUAAAGUGCCAAACUCUCGUUUUUUUUUAAUAUCCUCCUAAAAUCGUGGCUAAGAAGGUGACCACACCCAAUAGUUUUUAGAGCUAGUAGUUUCAUAAGUAGGCCCUUGUUCUAAUUUUUAUUUUGCUUCUUCUCUUCCCUUUUCACAAAAUGAGGACGGGGAGAAGAAAUGAAAGAGGGACGUGGCCAACGUAAACUGUUCUCAUUUCGGCAAAUGUAAACCUACAGGACUCAUAACACUCUUCCUUUCAAAUGCCAAGUUCUUUUCUAUCUAGGUUUUGUCAUUUCCUGGUUAUACCAUUGUAUUCGGUGGAGAUCAUGGGGUGGGUUUCUUAUCCCCCUGUGAGAUUUCUUUCCAUAUGAUAUUUUUCUCGGUGAGUGGGUGGAUUUUAUAUUCUGACAAGGAACUUUUCUGUCUCUGUUUGCUUGGCUAGUCAAGCAAAUGUAAUAAUCGACUGGAUCUUAAUAUUUUGAGAAUAUGCUUACAUGAUUGGAUUUCAGAUCCAAUAGCGUUGGAUGGUGCUAGUUAAUAACGUGGUUUUCUCAUUUAAUGGGGAAUUUCAAUUCUUCAUUCAUGCCUUAGGAUUUAAUUUUCUCAAUUAUUUAUUACCAAUUCUUAUUUUUCUAGUUAUUACCAUUCACCCUGCAUUUUCAUGUGAUUCAGUAGAGAAUUAAUCUUUUUUUUCCUACUACUUGAGCCAUUUCCAGGCAAGGGACUCAUGAAUGCCACAAUGACUUUUUUGUCUGUCAGGGAAUCUGUAUGCCUGGAAGAGUGUCAGAUUCGUCAACAAGUUCUCCUUCCACAUUCGAUACCCUUAUCAAUGCCCACAUCGAUGGAACCACAGACUUUUCUCGUAGUCCAGUGCCUGCUGAAGUAGCGAGUUGUCAGUCUUCUGUAGAAACUGCUAAUGGUGACGUGGAUGCAUAUGAUACUCCGGAAGGCCAUAGUACAUCUUCAAUGCCACCUUUCAGUGAAGAACUUAGGAAGAUAGAGUUUCAGUUAAGUUUGGAUGAUGAUUAUGAUCUCAUUAAAGAAAAUAUUUUUCUAUACUCCGGAAAGGAUAAUUCGCAAGCUGAGAACCAUAUUAAUUUUAGAGGAGAGCCCAUUCUAGAUGUGCACGGAAGUAAAGCUGACAGAUCUGGAUAUCUAGGACGAGAUGAUGAGCCUAAUAGCUUCAUGUUGCUCCAUAGGACCGGUUUGUUUUCUUCACUAUCAAAGAUCGUUUAUUUUGGAUCCACUGACAAUUUUAUGAUUAUAAUAUUAUUUCCUUUUGGAUCCGAUUGAUUUUUUUCAUGAAUGGUAAGGGUAAUCCUGGAUUGGACUGGUUCAUUUAUCCUUUUGACUCCCAUUGAUUGCAAUCGCAAGAAUGAUCUUACAUGUUAUCAGGAAUGAGAAGGUUAUGGUGCAUGUUUUGAGUGCGCCAACUAAUCAAAUGUUUUUUUUUUAUAUGUUACUUUUUUAAUGCUCAGAAUCUUCUUAUUAGAGGCACUCAAAUGGCUAACUCUUGUCUGUUCAUAUGCCGAUAUUUGAUAUUGUGGAAAACUAUGAAUGUGUACAUAGUGAUAUGUAAGGAAAAUCUAAUGUGCCCGGGCGAGCUAGCAUAAAAUAUUUCUUCUAUUGUUCGAUUGGUUACGAGAGUAUCUUUGUUUGUGCCUUGAGCGCCUUAUUGGACACCUGGUUUGAUGCAAUAUUUUCUCUAACCUUUACCUCUAUAAAUUAUCUUCGUAGUCAUAUAUUCAUAUGCCAAACAUUAGAUAAUAGUAAAGAUCUUUGGAAACUGAAAGUGAGCUAAAGCUUAGUCAUCUCACUAACAUUAAGUAGUUUAUGGACUCUACGACUUAAAGUGGGAUAAUAAAGUUUUCUGCAAAUUUGUGUCUCCACAUUUUCACAAAGCUACUAAUUAAACACACCAGUUCUGGAAAAAAAAAAAUCCAAAAUCUUUUCGGUAAGUACUCUGUCAAAAUCUAUUUAUGAGGUGAUUCGUAAAAAGGAUUUUUUUUCACAAUAUAUACAAUUUUUGCCUGAAUCACCGAUUAAUUGCUUCAUUGCUCAUUAAUUAUUUAUGAGGAUCUUCACGAGAAACUUUAAAUGGUUUGCUGUAGCAUGGAAUAUGUGUACUGGUCGUAGUUUUGAACUAAAUAAUGCGAAACUAGACUGCUUUGGCACUCUAUCACUGCUUAACUUGUUAGUCAGUAGGCGAGGACUCCUGUCUUUCUUUGCAACUAUAUUUUGGUCAAAAUUCCCCUUCUGCUUCUGUUAAACAUGCAAAUAUUUUGUACGUAUCUCGAGGAAACAUCUUAACUAUGAAUCGUGUUUUACAAUCAACUGUACUAAUGCACUCUAAAAAAAGGGGUUUACAAUGAACUGAGAUUUUGUUUAUCCUUUUCAGUGAACAGUUAAGGAAACGUUUUUUGCUGUUUCUCAUGAUUGUCGUGAUCUUUCCAUAUCUUUACACAAGGGGUGCCCUUUUUGUUUAAUUUUCAGCCACCAAGGCUUUUGUUUCUAAUGCUUUUCUGGAAGAACUGGAAAAUAAUUUUUCGUAGAUGCCUUAGUUGACUUUCGGUACUAUGGAUAUUUCUUUCUCCUAGGCAAGGAUCAGCAGUUGAGAUUUCAACCGUCAAACUCCGAGGAUAUAGCUGGAAAGAAAUCAUCUCUCUUCUGGGAAGAAAUUCUGGAGCUGACCACAUCUAGCUCAACUGGGGUUUGCACACAAGAGAAAGCUUCUGAAACAUUUUCCUCGGAAGGUGUCCCUGAUUCUUCUUCUGGAAGAACGUGUGCAAUUGAAAAUGUUUUCCUCCCCAAAGACACGGGACAAAAAGUGAGGAUCUGGCAAUUUAUAUGCAUUCUGUUUGUUCUCAGCUAUGUUGUAUUUUUAACCUUGUGAAACGUAUUGGUCUAUCCAUUGCACGAAGAAUGCCAUUUUGGGAGUGGGAGAAACCCCAUAUUUCCCCUAAAAUAGUUCGUAUUAAAACUCAGAAAAACUAGGGUAGACUAAAGUCUCAUGGCUAAGCUAGGAUGCUAAGAGAUAUGACGAGCUCCAUAUUGAAGGUUUUCUCUUGCUAGGAAAUUGGAGCAACGAAAAGUUCGGCCCAGGUUGUCUACAUUGUCAAAUAGAGCAUCUAAGCUACAUCUUUUGAAUCUAGGCACAAUAUCCAUUUUCUGCUGCUUAAUAACAAAUAACCGCUUUUGGCUGAUAAUGAGCUUUGAUAAAGUGUCCCCAAUGCAGCAUAAAUCUGUUAUCCUGUAUUUUUCGUUUUUCAUCCUGAUACCUCAGAAGUGAAGGUUUUUCUUUUGAGAUGCUCAUUUGUUACGUAUUCAGGUUAAUUGGAGCUAUCAAUCUUAUGCAUUUGUGUUGUUCAUUUAAUGGGUAUCAGCCCAGAACUCUACUGUACAUCGUGGAAUAUUGAAAGAUACUCUUUUCAAUAGACUGAACACAUUUACAUUGCCUUCGUCAAUCCUUAGUGACAAAGUUACUUUCUUGCAGGAUAUACAUUUAUAUUGUACAGAAAUGAGUAGUUCAUAUAGAGCGUCAGAGGAUGUAAUGUUUCAGAAGAUAGAUUAUAGGGGAAAUAAAAAGAGUGUCAGUAUUUGCCAAGAUCCAGAGAGAAAUUCACAGUUGCACCUUUCAGCUGCUAGAAAAAUUCUCUUGGGUCCUGAUAGUCCCAUUGAAUCAUCAACAUCCGCUAAAGAUACUGGAGGAGUUGAGGAUGAGAUCCCAUAUGAAGCUGACAAAAGUAUUUGUGGUGGCAAUUCCAUGGUGCUGAAGGAGGAAACUACAGUUGAUUGGAUGAGUAACAUGAAUUUACAUGCUUGCAACAGUACAUAUUUAUCUAGCUACCCAGAGAUGUUAUUUGGCCAGAGUCAAUCAGUGUCACCUAUCGAAUCAGGUUCAUGUUCGACUUUGUCUCAACGACAGCUUUUUAGUAUUCGUGAAAUUUCUCCUGAGUGGGCAUAUUCCUCUGAAAGGACAAAGGUGCUCUUAUUCACCUGAAUAUUGAUUUCGGUUUUUCCAUCUCAAACACGUUGUCUUAUAUUGGCCCUUUCUUUUCGUGUCUAAACACAUCCGGCCUUUUUCUUCUGGACGACAUAUUCUUGUUGCUUCUUUCUUUUACAAGUUUUCGAAACCCUACUCUUCUCAUUUGCUUUACUUUUCUUUCUUCUUUUGCUUCAUUUUGAACUAAUUUUAAAUUUGAUAAUUGACAUUUAUUCAAUGAUUUAUUAAGUAUUCUUAUUCACUACUGUUGGAAAUGGAGAAAGGACCUCUGUCACAGAGCACAGAGGGGAGAAUGGUGGAAACCGCCUCAAAAUUCAUUCACCUCUAACCCCCAUUAUAUAGGGAGCAGCCUUACACAAUUUUUGCAAAACACCCUCAGUCUUUUACAUACUUUUCUUACAUCCUAGAAUUUCCAACAACUACCAACUAAUUAGCGAUUCGCUAAGAAUCUUGGGCACCAAAAAGGAUGCUAUUAUUGCCUGCAGUUUACCCUCCUUAUGUGUGAGCUUAGUAAGAUGUUCCUGUCAGGGUGUUAGCGUUUGGAAAUUAGGACUGAUCAUCUAAAUCAGGUGGUGGACUUUUUUUAUAAAAUAAGUCCUUGAAUUUGUAAUGAUGCUGUUUGGGGACUCAACAUCGAAAUUAUCUUGUUAAAAUUGUUUAAUCAUUUUGAGAUCCACUUGCUGAAAUGGAAAAAGUUAUAGAGAAAAAAUAUCUGAUUUGUCAAUAUUCAUAAUUUUGCCAUUAGCCCUUUGCUAAGUGACUAUGGAUGCUAAAUGACAAUCGUUCUUCAGGUCAAAAAAGUGUUACGAAUAGAGACAUAGAAAAGUGUUGGUCUAACUUUUAAAUCCUCUGUAUCCUGGCUUUUGGUAGUUGUAACUUUGAACGUGUUAGUUUCAUGUAUGCUUCCCUUACUCUGCAGAUUAGUGUGGGAAAGUUGAAACUUUAUGAAGGCUAAGGAGGACUAUUUCGUAAAUUAUAGAUAUGAUAAGUAGAGAUCAUAUCUAAACCUCAAAGGUUUGCUUGCCUCUCUCUGAUACUCUAACUGAAGCCUCAGUUUCUGUGUGACAGAUGUCCUCUUUGAAUUUGACAACUCGCAAAGUGCUAGUUCCUAUGCUUAGGAAUUAAUUCCAAGAUGGGGGAACAAAUGAUGCCACGGUCUUCUGUUUCAGAGUUAAUAAGAAUUGAAAAAUAGGUGCAUGCAGUCACACAACUAGAGGUAUCAGUGGACUGGGGGUAAGGAUUGAUGGAUUUAUUGGGCUGUCUAACUCAAAACCAAUUACCAUCUCAGGCCCUCUUUUUAGUCAUUAUGGGACUACUCUUGCAAAGUCUAGGACAGCCCAACCUGGUUUUUUCAGCUUGGGCUUCAAAAUCCAUCUUGAACAAGUCUUUAGUCUUGGCCCAAAUGUGAUUUGGGCUUGAUUUAAGCUCGUGUAGUGUCCCAUGCUCUUCUUCUCUUUUUGUUUUCCUCUCUCUCUCUCUCUCUCUCUCUCACCCCCCCGGAUCUCUUCCCUUUUGUCGUCCCAUCCCCUUCACCUCCCCGACCUCUAAUAGCCCUAAAUAACAGACGUCCAAGCCAGUGAUUGUCUAGCCAAACUCUCUCCUUACGAGGCUCAAGAGAAUAAGGUGAUUUGCCCUUUACAAUGUUUGACUGGUUUGAUGCUUCAAGGUAGUGAAGUCCAUCUUCUUUUCUUGCAUGUCCAAUCAUCCUUCCCAAAUCAUUGUUAUGAAAUAUUCAAUAACUACGAUGAAAAACUACUUUGCAAUGUAAAUCUUGAGUAGGCUUUAGGACAAACACACAAGGUUAGUGGAUAAUCUAGGAACAUGAAUAUUUUUUUUUAAUGUCAAUGAAGGGUUUAUUUUAACAUGUCCUACACCUGUUACAGUAGUCAAAGAAUCAUCAGUUGUAGCUAUUUUCAUGAAUCCAUUAUUCAGAAAUCGGCAAAGGUAGUACUUGAGUCAUUUAAUCCAAUAAAGGACGGAAACUCACCUGAAAAUGCCAACGAACAAGAAUAUGUGACUUUGUCAAGAUUGUUGUUUGGCUUCUCUCUUUUAUGUUCCCAUUCUUAACUUAGAAAUUUUUCAUGGAACUUCUAAGACCAUUCAUUAUGGUGUUAUAUAUGGCUUCUUACAGUAAGUGCACUAUAUGCUAUUUUUAUGGCGACGAUUCUGGGCCUUCAAUUGUCCAGGUUUUUCUCUCUCAGCAACCUGUGCUCUCUCCACACUUGUGGCUGAAUUACUGCCACCUCUAACCACUAUAGCUAAUGUUCAUGCUUUUUGAUUCAAGCAUCAAGCCUUUUCUUCUUUCCUCUCCUUGAAUUAGUGCCAUUACUACGCAAAAAAAAAGGAAAAAAGAAAAAAAAAAAGAGGUCCGCAAAACAAACAGCUGAUCCAAGAGCCUGAAAAGAAAACCUGAUCUACUAUGGACGUCACAGAGAUAUCCAAGAAUGACUGCCAAAAAAGAAUACCCCAAAGGGAGACUAUUCUUCCUUGAAUCGAAACAGUAUUAGACAUAGAUGGAUAUCUCGUUCAUUGGAAAGAGAUUAACAGAGAGCAGAUGAUGGGUAGGAUGAAGACUACAGAUUUUUUUUUCCAGAUUUACAGUCCCAAAGCCCUGAUACAAUGAUGCAAACCAAACAAGAAUAAACAAUGGGGAAAAUUUUCUGUCUUAUCAAUUCAUAGAACAAUUGCUGGCUAUAUACAACGACCCAGGCCUCAAAAAAAGGGAAAACUACUUGGGUUAAAUCCCACGAUUUACAGAAUACUCAAACAAAUGAGGAAACUGACCAGCAACCUAAUCCUUAAUUGUAUGUUUUUUCCCAUAGUUUUUAUUAACGGCCUAUUAGUUUUUAACUCUUGGUUACAAAUUCAGGUUAUUAUUACUGGUGAUUUCUCUUGCAAUCAUUCGGAAUAUGACUGGAAAGUAAUUUUUGGUGACGUUGAAGUCCCAGUUGAAAUCAUUCAGAACGGCGUGAUACGUUGUCAUGCUCCCCAACAUGUUCAAGGGUGGGUCACUUUGUGUUUGACAGCUGGCAAUCGGGAAUCUUGCAGUGAAGUAAGAGAAUUUGAAUAUCGUCUGAAGCCUAAAACAUCUGAUUCAACAAGCAAUCUGCAAAAAGCUUUUCCAGAGAAGAGCAGUGAGGAGCUGCUUUUACUCAUGAGAUUUGGACAGACUCUUCUACGUGGAUGUGAUGGUAAUCACAAUCAAAAUGGGGGAAAUGAUCUGCCGCAAGCUGGUCUUAUAAGGAAAGUGGGGACAACAGAUGAUCAAUUCGGACAAAUUAUUGAGUUGCUAACGGUCGGUAGUAAUGAUUCAUUUGAUGUUGUGGAUUGGCUUUUACAAGAACUGUUGAAAGAUAAGUUGAAGCAGUGGCUUUCAACUAAAAGCUGUGAAAGCAAAGCAAUAGAGUGUUAUUUGACUAAGGAGGAGCAAAAUGUCAUACAUCUGAUUUCUGGCUUGGGUUAUGAGUGGGCUCUAAGUCCAGUUCUUAAUGCUGGUGUUGGUGUAAAUUUUCGCGAUUUAAAUGGAUGGACUGCUCUCCAUUGGGCUGCACGUUUUGGAAGGUAAUGGAAAUGUCACUGUUUGAUUUUGGUUGCCAUAGGUCACUGAAGGUCUAAUGUCUACUUGGCAUAGAUUCUAGUCUCUCUCAUAAUUUUCUUUCUUCUACCAAUAUUUAUUUGACUUUUCUUCAAUCCCUUUAGCCUGAGAAAGUGGGUAGGAAACUAAUAGCUAGCAUCUUUCUCUCUUCCGUAGUUUUCUUUUGACUUGGUGUUUGACUUUUAGUCCGAACGUUCUGGACAUGCAGAACCAAGUUGGAAUACUGGCAUAAGUUCAUGAUUUUUUACCCUUUUCCAGUUAUGCACAACGUUAUAAAGUCAUGAAAAAAUUGUUACUCUGUGAUGCAGGGAGAGAAUGGUUGCUGCGCUUUUAGCUGCUGGUGCAUCAACUGUGGCAGUGACAGACCCAACUACUCAAGAUCCUGCUGGGAAAACCCCAGCCUCCAUUGCAGCUGACAGUGGCCACAAAGGUCUUGCAGGAUACCUGUCUGAAGUUCGUCUUACCAGCCACCUCUCCUCUCUUACGGUGGAAGAAUGCGAUAUCUCAAAAGGAACUGCAAAGCUGUUAGCAGAGAAGGCCGUGGAGAGCAUCAGUGAGAGGAGCAUUGUGGUACAUCCCGAUGCAACAGAGGAUCAGCUCUCGCUUAAAGACUCAUUGGCUGCAGUUAGGAAUGCAGCUCAAGCUGCUGCUCGAAUACAGUCUGCUUUUCGGGCUCAUUCUUUUAGGAAGAAAUGCAUAAAUGAUCAAAUUUGUGACGAAUAUCAGUUGACCCCAAAAGAAAUUCAUGAUUUUUCGGCUGCAUCAAAAGCUAUCCGUGGGCAUCGCGAUCAAAAGCUUCAAUCUGCCGCUCUUUGUAUUCAAAAGAAGUAUCGUGGUUGGAGAGGACGCAAAAACUAUUUGACCUUGCGCCAACAUGUGGUUAAAAUACAGGUCCUUGCUCUUCCCUCUGCUCAUCAUUUCUUUUUCCACAUUAUGUUGUAGCCUAAGCAGUAGGUUGGGACUUCUCUCACAGCAUGAGCACAAUUUCUUUUGUUUUCAUGUCAGUCUAGACUUGCACGUUGUGUUAAGAAGUAAAUAAAGAAAAAGUCAGCGCUUGACUAUAAUUCGUUGAUUGAUGUACCUUCAAGGAGUUGUUAUUUGUAUGCUCUGUUGGUGCUCUUUACAUUCAAAAUAUUGGCACCCCUCAUGUUCUUGAGAAGUUUGCCAAAAAAGUUUGAAGUAGAUGAUAAUAUCUUCUAACUUGGAGGGACUGUUUUAUGAGCACAAAUGUAUUAUGGUAUGAGAACUGUCUGAACUUGCUCAGGACCUGUUUGUGCAAAGUCCCGAAAUCUACUAAAAACUCAUGCAUGCUGUUGCUUAUUGGAUUUAUUUCCCAAAAAUGUUAGUGUGAAUUCCCAUCAUCGAUUUCAUAUCCCACUUACUCUCCAUCAAAGGAAAGAAUCUUGGGCCCUUGAACAGUCAUAUGUCAAAGAAUGGCGGCUGUUUCAUUCAAACGAAGGGGGGAAUCCUAGAUUUUCCAAAGAAUAUCAGCAUUGUUGAAUGAAUUAAGACACUUUAACUUGGGUAAUCAGCUUUUUUGAUGGAUCGUCCCAAUAAACGCAGCUGAUUGAGGUAUCCACUCAGUUCGCAGUGGCCUUUGCUGAGCCGUCUUGGAAAGCCAUGCAAUGAUACCCAUCAUGCAACAAGCUUGGGGUCUUCUUAGUCGAGCUUCUUCAUGUGCCAUAUUUUUUCUCUUAUUUUUUAUGUAAAUAUUGCAAACAUGGAAGAGGAAAAUACAAGUAUAUGAAAUAACCCUCGCCAAGAUAAUUCCUUUCUCUCAUCAAAAUGGUAACAUACCACAUUACGAUCCAACAACCUCAGAGUCUACCAGAGAUUCAUUUUCUUUGCUCAUUGCAUAUGAACCUGACUUCUCCCCCCCCCCCCUUCCCUUUUUAAGUAACAGUGAUUUGUGCAAGCUAUUCUAUCCUGGGAACCUUUUGAAAGCGACUGGGGUUGACUUAUUGACUGGAAAUUGACUUUCUAUAUGUGUAUGGUGCUGCCACUGACUAUAUUUAAUAUUCCAUAACAGGCUCACAUAAGAGGCCACCAGGUCAGAAAGAAGUACGAGGAAUUCACCUGGAUGGUAGGUUUUCUGGAGAAAGCCAUCCUCCGCUGGCGCAGGAAAGGUGUUGGUCUGAGAGGAUUCAAGGUUGAAUCAGAAACCAUUGAGGAAGAAGCUGAUGAUGACAUCCUCAAGGCUUUCCGUAAGCAGAAAGUGGACGUAGCCCUUGACGAGGCCUUCUCAAGAGUACUAUCUGUUGUACAGUCUGCCGAUGCACGACAACAGUACCGCCGCAUGCUUGAAAAAUAUCGACUUGCUAAGGUAAGCCCUUUGAUUGGGCCCCUUCUGUGGAUCUCCAUGUAAUCUCUAUAGUUUCUACUUUUAGUAUACCUCUUUAUUACUGAAGAUGCUUUCUUAAACCCUAAAUCUUAAACCCUAAACCUUAAGUAGGCAAUAAAAUUAACUCUAUUUUUUCUUCAUCUUGACCUUGUCGUUGUUGGUUAUUACCCCACAUAACAAAAGUGAUUGUAAUUGAAACAUGUUCUGAGUUCCUUUAAAAUUUGGGUGUUUGUUUGUUUGUCGGAACACCUGCCUUCACUUCAUCUUACGGUACUCAUGACUAUUUUUGGAAAUCUAUUAGAUUAAUGUCUUGCGGCUCAAAUCUUGCUGCUAUAUAUGCAGCCAUUGGGUAAGAUGGCACCUCCUGAUUCUAUCCCACUGGCCAUAGAAUCCUGCCACAGCAAGUGAACCACUGUGAAUCCCCCAUGUUCUCCAUUCUUCUUUUGAUUCUUCUUCUUACUGCUCAUGAUCUGUGAGAACUCGGGUUUUCUAAAUUCCCAACCUUUCAAUCUCGAUCAAUCUAGAGAAUAUUUUUUCUAUGAAAUCUUGGAAUAUCUCCCAAUCCAAAACAUGGUAUUUUAUUUUCCAUUACAUUAUUAG